UGGGACGUUCAUAGAUCAGGUAUUAUUCAUCAUAUUUAUUACAGAAAUAUAUACUGUUGCAUGUGUCCUUCAGCCACGCGUGCGUAAUCCAAUGUUUUCGUGUAGGAUAUCAAACGGUUCCAAAAUAACAAUAAGAAAAAAAAAAAAUAAAUAAAUACACUUUUCAUCCUACCAGAUUUCUCCCUCUUAUCCCUCCCUCCUCCCCCCCACACCACCCCUUUUGUCCUCUCAUGACCAGAUUCAUGGAAGAACAGGUGCGAACCAGGCUGAAGCAGGUGUCACAGGUGUCCGUACAGGUGGCGCUGCUGAAGGGCGACCUGGCCAGACUCAAGUCGCGACUCGAGAAGAGGGAGGAGGAUUUUCUCGAUGCCAACGCUGAAGGAAACGCUACGUCUCAGGUUAACUAUCUCAAGAAACGUUUGGAACAUGAAGAGGUGAAGACACGCGUUGAGGACAACGGCAAGGUCCUCGCAUCGCUCAGACACAAGCUAGACAGUAACCGACGGAGACUAAACCGCCUGGAGGACGAGCAGCAGCAUAAAGGGACGCGUCUGGAGGAACUGAAGAGCCAAGCAGUCAUGCUCGAGGAGGAACUUACGCGCCUCUCGUCCAGCAACUCGAGGAUCACUUCCCACGUUAAUCAGCAGAACGCCGCGACGCGCAGGAGACUUCAGGCUCUCAAAAACAACAGCAAAGAACCGAUGAUCACAGUGGAGGAGUACUUGCAGCUGAACAGCCAAGUUCAAGUGCUUGAAAAGGAAGUCAAGAGGUGGAGUAAAAAGGCCGAUACCUUACGCUGUUAACGAUUGUGGUCAAGAGAAUUCGGCUGCAAUUAGAAGCUAGGAAGAAAGUUCUCAGAUUGAAAAAUGCCUGGGAAACGGUUAAGCAUGUGCGUAACAAAUGUUAUGGAACUUUCUUAAUAUUAAAUUGAAUUAAAACAGGAAUUACUUCAGCCAAAAAAAUCCAGCCAAGGUGUAAAUAAAAUAAAAAGGGACUAAUAUUUAUCUGUAAUGUUAGCUUGGAAUUUUAAUUUACCAGUUUUAAUGCCAAGUUUGUUGCAACAGAAUUGGUUUGGAUUCUAAUUAUAAAAAGCCUUCAGAGUAAUAUAGUGAAACUUUACAACGGAUAAUUAAACUCGCAUUUGCUAAUUGGUUUAAAAAUUUAUUACACCUAAGGUUCGUCUAUACAUGAAGUGCAAAUGCAUUACCUUCAUCUUUGGUUAAUAUCCACAAUUUACACUUGUGUAAUGCACAGGCACAUGACUACUAUAUGGUACAUUACAAAUCUACCUUAUAACGUACAUGUUAAUCGUAACAACGUUUUGUACUGUAAUACCAUUACAUAAAAAAAUAAAAUAAUGGCAACAUAGUAAAGCUAUCACAGUCCUCUAUCCAUUAAAA